AUGGAGGACAGUGUAUACAACACGCCAGAAGGAUGGCACAAUCGACAUCCAUCGAUACCCCAUCUCGGCAGUCUCCUCGAAUACAAGACUCUUUACAACGAAUCCAUUCACAACCCCAGUGCAUUCUGGGCUCAACAAGCUCGCAGCCUCCUCACCUUCGAUCACGAUUUCCACACCACCCAAAAUGGAUCUCUUGCCAGUGGCGAUAGCUCCUGGUUUCUCGGAGGUCAAUUGAAUGCAUCCUUCAACUGCAUCGACCGCCACGCAAUUCAAGAUCUAGACCGUACGGCCAUUAUCUAUGAAGCUGAUGAACCAGAUGCUGGUAGGAAUAUCAGCUAUGGGGAGCUACUCAGAGAGGUGUGUCGUCUUGCAUGGUUCCUCCGGGUACGGGGUGUCAGAAAAGGUGACAUUGUUACGAUAUACAUGCCCAUGAUCCCCGAGGCAAUCUAUGCAGUCAUGGCAUGUGCGCGGAUUGGAGCUGUCCAUUCGGUGGUCUUUGGGGGCUUCUCUGCAGACGCACUUCGGGAUCGGAUUACAGAUGCACAAUCAAAAGUCAUCAUCACUGCAGAUGAAGGCGUGCGGGGUGGAAAGAUCGUUCAGAUGAAACGGAUUGUGGACGAAGCAGUUUCGACUUGUGGAGUCUUGACAGUGUUAACUUUCAAACACACAGGUGGUGAUAUAUCUUGGACAGAACGAAGAGACGUAUGGUGGCAUGAAGAGACAGACAAGUAUCCAGCGUAUAUUGCACCAGAGCCUAUGGACUCGGAAGAUCCGCUUUUCCUGCUGUAUACAUCUGGCUCGACAGGAAAAGCAAAAGGUAUUCUUCACAGCACAGCAGGAUAUCUUCUCGGGGCAGCAGUUACGGGCAAGUAUGUUUUUGACAUCCAUUCAGAAGAUCGAUUCUUCUGUGGUGGUGACAUUGGCUGGAUCACAGGCCACGCCUAUGUGGUCUACGCACCGUUACUGCUCGGAUGUACGACUGUUGUGUUUGAAAGCACUCCUGUCCAUCCCAGUCCAUCUCGGUACUGGGAUGUUAUUGCCAAACAUUCUGUCACUCACUUUUAUGUGGCGCCCACAGCGCUCCGUUUAUUGAAACGAGCAGACAAUGCUAUCGAGAUGAAUCAUGACAUGUCACAUCUGCGUGUCCUCGGAUCUGUGGGUGAACCAAUUGCCCCAGAGGUCUGGAAAUGGUUCCAUGACUAUGUUGGAAAGGGAAAGGCACAUAUCACUGACACAUACUGGCAAACAGAAACAGGGUCACAUCUCAUUGCACCUCUAGCCGGCGUGACUCCAAUGAAGCCAGGCAGUGCGUCCCUUCCAUGCUUCGGCAUCGAACCAGCCAUUAUCGACCCUAUUUCUGGCGAGGAGCUCAAAGGAAACAAUGUCGAUGGGGUCCUGGCUAUCAAGCAGCCCUGGCCGAGUAUGGCUCGAACUUGCUAUGGAGACCACCGGCGAUAUAUGGAAAACUACUUGAAUGUUUACAAGGGAUACUACUUUACUGGAGACAGCGCCCACCGCGAUAAUGACGGCUACUACUGGAUCCGUGGCCGAGUAGACGAUGUCAUCAACGUAUCCGGACAUCGAGUCUCGACGGCAGAAAUAGAAGGCGCUCUACUCGAACACCCCAACAUCGCAGAAGCCGCAGUCAUCGGAAUCCCCCAUGAACUAACUGGGCAGGCUAUCAAUACCGUUGUUGCACUCAAAACACCGAAUACUGCAGAUGGCAUCGAGAAGGAGUUGAUUCUACAGGUACGCAAGUCGAUAGGACCAUUCGCAGCCCCCAAAAGAGUGCUGGUCGUGAGAGACCUUCCAAAAACAAGGAGCGGGAAGAUUAUGCGACGUAUACUGCGAAAGGUGCUGAGUGGAGACAUGGAUUUGGGAGAUAUAUCUACUUUGAGUAUUUGCCUCUGCUUGAAUGGUGUUUUACUGACGAUAUAG